AUGGAGCAACGCGGCGGUACCGGCAGCGCGGGCAGCAGCGGGCAGGCAGCGCCGCGUAGCGCCGCGCUCCGGCGCUGCAGGCAGCGGGCAGGGUCCUGGGCGCUCCUGCCCGCCCUCUGCCUGGCUCUGGCCCUGCCGUCCCCCGCCCGGGCGCUGCCGCCGCCCCCCCGCCACCGCCUGGCCGAGGGGCUGAGCCGCUCCCGGGAGCUGCUGGCGGCCGCCAACGCUUCCCUCCACCGGCUGAAGGAGCUCGGCACCCUGGGAUUUGAAUGUACCCUUGAAGAGGUUGAUCUGGAAGACAUCACUAAGAAUCAAACCAACACGAUAAAAGCUUGCACAUCUGAGGAUCCAGGGACUGGAAACUGUCCGGCACUGGAAAGAUCUACUUUUGAUACGAAUAAAUGCCUGCAGGGCAUCUAUGAGGAUCUGCAUGCCUACAGGGCAGAGCUGAAGAACUUCAAUGAUCAAAACAUGCUGGCAACUAUUGAUGAAAUGAUGAAAGCCCUGAAGACCAGCAGCAGGAGCGUGCCGCAGCCGUCGGCAGGCGCGGGGCUGACCUCCUUCAAGGAGAGGAUGAGGUUUUGCAGCAUCCUUCACGCCUUCCGAAUCCGCACGGUCACCAUCAACAGGAUGAUGAACUACCUGACCUCUCUGGAGAGCUCACUCUAA